AUGGCCACGGUCUAUCGAAAGGAGAUCGGCUCGGUACCGUUGAAGACGGUACUUCGCCAGUUUCCGAUCGAACAGUCUGAGCCGUCGUCCUCCGACGGCCAACUAGGCUCGGCAUCCGACUCCGAGGUCAGCACCGAUGCCUCUCCGAGUCCGGACUUGACAGCCCUGAAGAAUGUGGAUGCCUACUACAUCUUCGGCUCCGGCGUGAUCCGAUCCGGCAGCGAGGUCCUCCAGCUUCCUCCUGGUCUCGACCUCCCAAUCCCAGCAAAGCCCAGGCCCAUUUUGGGUACCUAUCCCAAUUCGACCGAGAUGCCACGUGCGUCUCAAGUGGCUUCUCUAUCUCCCAUGUCUACCAUGGCUCCCAUGGCUCCCAUGGCUCCCGCCGCUCCGGUAUCUCCCAUUGCUCCCGACCGUGCCCCUGUGGGCCCGACAUUGAUGUCCCCCACCGCUGCCCAGAUGGAUGCAAUGCAGAAGCGCCUGAACCAGCAGAUCGUCGAAGCCGCCAAGGCCCCGAAAGCCGAGGCCGGAGCAAAGCUCCUGGCUCUGGCAGAGGAAAACAUCGACAAAAUGAAUGCGGUGAACCUCUCCACGACUUUGCACCGGCUUGCGCGUGCUUGGACCAACAAGCAGGGGAAGGGGCAGAAGUCCUUGGCACGCCAUCCGGUCGUGUCAAGGAUGGUGGAUUUAGCUGAGGACUUUGCAGAGCGUGACUUGCAAAAUCGCGACAACAGCAUGCCAGCAAACUGUUGCACCAUCAUUGCCUGGUCCUGCUCCUCCUUGUCGUUCUUCCGCAGCUCUCUUUUCGCUGUGUUGGUCAAGGUGGUUUCCCAAGGUGUGGAGGAAUGCCAAAGCUUUGAGAUCACCAACUUGAUGUGGGCACUUGCAGAGCUGUGCCGACGUCGGCCGCAAAUGGGCAAGGAGCUUUCACCCAGCAUCCAGGAGCUCGUGCUAGCCACGGCACCCGUGUUUAUGAGGUGGCAGCUACACACAUUGAAUGUGAGGGUGUUGACUUCCGCGCUGAUGUCCCUAGCCUUCUUCCCACCCAUGGACUUGCUGGCGCACGGAGUACUCAUUGCCAAGAUCGUCCUUGAGCUCGCCGUCCGUGACGAGGAGUUGGCUUCCGAAAAUCAAGUUGUCGUCGCAGCAUUCCAGACGUUGUCCAGGGUGGACCGUUCACGCCGGCGGUCCGGCGGCAUAGCCAAAGACGAGGAACUCAGGAUGAUCCGGAAGAGGCUCGCGGAGUACGAUGAACGGGCUUCGAGUGUCUUGGGCGGGCGGCUGGAUCUUUCAUGCGACAAGGAGCUGUCGCUCGGUUGUUUGGUGUCUUCACCGUUCUUUGAUGCAUUGGCAGCAUUCGUGAUUCUAUUCAACUCGUUCGUGGUCGGCUGGGAGGUGGAGUGGGAUGCUGCCAACACGCAAGACAAUCCCGUCAUUCAGGCGCUUUCUUCCUUCUGCAACUUCUUCUUCCUUCUGGAGGUCUUAUUGCGCCUUACUUACUUCCGCUGCGAUUUUUUUACGAAUCGAGAGCGAAGGGCCUGGAACCUUUUCGACCUGAGCCUGGUGGUGUUGGCCAUUGUGGAUGAGGUCGCCAUCUUAAUGCUGGGCGCAGAUGCCUCCAGUCAGGGUGCUGUGGGAGCCGCCAAGAUGCUCAAGAUGCUUCGGAUCCUACGAGUUUUCCGUGUCUUCCGCUUCUUUCGCCCGCUUGCACGGUUGGCAUUGAUGAUUAUGGACUCAAUCCGGUCAUUGCUAUGGGCGAUGUUCAUGCUGGCUCUCAUCACCUACGUCUUCGCGGUGUCCUUGACCUCCCAGGCGUCGCUUUGGCUUUCGGAGCAGGUGGAUACAUCCAGGCCUGGUUGGUAUGCGUCCCUGGCUGACCAUCCAAGUCCAGAUGUGCGGAAAGUGUUCAGCAGCUUCGGCUCGCUCUCUUGGACGCUCUACACGCUGGCGCAGACGACCCUGGCAGGGGUGAGCUGGCAUGUGGUUUGCGAUCCUUUGCUGCAGGUGGGGUGGCUCCCUGUAAGCCUGCUUCUGAUAUACAUUUCUUUCACGCUGCUGGCCGUCCUGAAUGUCAUUACAGGUGUCUUCGUUGACAAUGCCUUCCGCUCGGCCGACAAGCAGCAUUCUGACAUCAUUCAGAAGGAGGUUGACAAGAAGGAGGAGUGCAUCGCGCUGAUCCAAGCUUUCUUCCACGCUGUGGAUGUCAACCACAACGGUGAAAUUUCACUCGACGAGCUUCGCUUCUUUCUGGAUGACGCCACCAUGGAGGCCUUCUUCCGGACUCUGGGCUUUGAUGUCUACGACAAGCAGCGCUUCAUGGAGCUGCUGGACGUCGACGACUCCGGGGAAGUCAGCUACGAAGAGUUCCUGGAGGGCUGCAUGCGGUACAG